UGCGUUCUAGAAGGUGGAGCUUAGAAAACCUAUAAAUUUAAAGCAUUGACGGGCGAAUUGAGACGCGCUCUUGGAGAUACUUACAAGAAACACAUCUUCACCUUCACAGUUGAAAUUCCUGAGAACAGAUCGUCAACAUGAGCAUCAACCCAGGACAGAUCAAGGCCCUGAAGGAAUGCAUGGUCAUUAUCCGCGAGGAUAUCAGGGGCAAUGGGGCAGCCUUCUUUGAAAAGAUGUUUGCCACAUACCCAGCGUGGCAGGAGAAGUUCCCUGCCUGGAAAGGGAAUUCCCUUGAGCAAGUGAAGAGCUCUGUUCGUAUCAGGGCUCACGGUACUUCCGUCUUCAGCGAGCUGGGCAAGUUCGUGGACAGCAUGGACGACAUGGAUGUCUUGAAGGACCUGUUGAAGAGAUCUGGCAUGUUCCACACUGGAAAGGGCAUUGGAAUCGAAUAUUUCCAGAAAGUUGGUGAUUUGCUUGUGUCGUUCUUGAAGGAGAGGCUCGGAGGAAAGUUUACAGGGGAUAUGGAAGGUGCCUGGAGAGCCGUCUGGCCAAUCAUUGUCGAAGGCCUGAAGGCUGGGAUGUAAUUUCCGGUUCAUGACCUCAAAUGUUUCUCCGCCACAAUACAACCUGCCAUGGAUGGACCCUGAAGUAAAUAUCGUGAACAUCGGGCGCGUUACGCCGUAGAUGAUUCCACUUGGAAUAAACGCAUUGAGACGUAUUGGGUCAGAGUCCAAGACUCUUAGUAGAUUUUUGCUACAAGUAGGAAUUCUCUAAAAAGAAAGACGCGCCAUCUUCCCUGUGCCCAGAACUAUUUGUUGCCCAAUUUUGCAGUUUGUCAAGGGAGGUCGCAUCGAAAGAAAUCAUUUGACAACAUGAGAAGGAAAUGCCUACAAAGUGUCAAACACAUCGUUCACAUUCUAAUGUUUUACCUAAACCAGACACACAUUAAGCUGUUAACAAAAAUAAAAAAAUAAUUCAGGUGCAUUCAGUCUAGCUAAAUGAAUUGUUUAAGGAAUGGGCCUAACCGUUUGUAAGAUGUAAAUAACAAGAUGACAUACAAAAUAUUAGUUUAAAGCGGAGUAUCUGCAUGCAGCGGUCUGAGUAUUGGUCACAAUUAGUCCUGAAACAAGACCGAAAUCAGUGUAUAAGAUUUACCUACAGAUGAGCCGGCUUGUAGAUAGGUGUGCUUUGAGAAGACCUUUUGAAAUGCUUAAUGCCCUAAUAUAUAUAUAUACGCGUACAUAUAAUUUCACGCUACAAUAAUAUAAAUUUUACGCACACGUUUAUAAACCAACUUUGUUGUAUUUUAAUACUUUAAUACUAACAACCUGGAUAAGUAGCAGUGACAAUAAAGGUACUAGACAAAACCUCCAAGAAAACGUG